CCUCAACCUUUCGAGGGCGACUCUCGUGCUCUGCAACAGUUCCAUCGCAGCAUGAAUUAUGGAUAUUUGCAGGGAAAACGAGGCCUUGGCCUCUAGUCUGCAGUCCGAGUCCAUGGCGGAUCCUGAACGCUCCAGCGCAUCACCACCCUCCUAUGUACAAGUCAAACGCCGGUGCGAAGCUCACACCAAAGCCACUCGAGUCAAGAAGCGAAUAGUUACUGCGGCUAGGAGAGAGCAGAACAAAAUUGCUCAGCGGGCCUAUCGAGAGAGACAAAAGGGCAAUCGAAAGUCCAAUUUUGCUCCUUGCGGAAAAAUUAGAAGCAUUGCUCCUCGACCGUCACCGGGUUCGUUGUCAUCUAGCUCAUCUGAUCUCCAGAUAAGUUUGGAUGCACCCAUCUCGAACUGCCAAGUGAAGACUGCCUUGAUAGACAAUGCAGAGACUACCCCAGGUAAAGCGCUAGUCCGAGUCGCUGAUCCACUCUCAAACACUCUCCAAACUACACGAGACACCAUUUGGCUGGCGAUUCUCAACAAUGCCCUGUGUCUGGGCUUUGAUCUCGAAAAGCUUGCAGACUGUAGCACACCCUACAUGUCACCAUUCUACAGGCCUAUCACACCGAAAGAUACCCCUCGAGAUGUGGUCGCUUCCACCCUCGAUACUUCACUCCCCAUACCUCUGCAACCGACAAUGGCGCAAAUACUGAUUCCACAUCAUGCCAGCCUGGAUCUGAUACCUUUGCCAUUACUUCGCGAGCGCACUAUCAUGAUGACGUUUGCUAUGCCCGACAUCUUUAAUCUGUGGGAUCUCAAAUUGGAUAUCUAUACUCGACAUGCUCUUAUCUGUCGAGGAUAUGUGGAAAAUGGAGCUUGUCAUCCUUGGGACUCGAGAAGUUGGGAAGCCAAGCCCUGGUUUAUGCAGAAAUGGAGUAUGGCCGUCGAGGGCUGAUCUUGCGGAUGUUAUCUUGAGUCGUAAAUUGGGGAUGAGACGGAUUAUCUCUCCUGAGCUCCUUAAGUUCAUGUUCGCCAUGUUCGCGACGUAAGAAGAUGACGUCCGAGGCGCGAACGAUGGAAAAUAAAAAAUAAAACACGAAGGGCGUCGAGGAGAGGCUUCAUCUAAGUAUUGGGGGAAAUAAUUCAAGGCUGUCGCGCUGUCUAGAGCCAUCGAGGUACGUAUCGAACAAGGAAGCAGCUCUUCUGGGCCGUCUGCGACGUUGCUACGAAGCUUCUGUGGAGUAAGAGCGGAUGGCUAUGGGCUCGUUUGGAUGUGGCUCAACAUAGCCAUCUAUAGGCCCCCUAUCCCCGAGCCUUUUGACUGGAGCUUUAGCACCAGAUACCACUAGAUGCACGAGAUGUAACCCCGGAUGUCGAAUCUCCUAAUUUUGAUGGAA